GCCCCGCCGCCCCCGCCCGGCCCAGCCCCGGCCCCUCCGGCCGCGCCGCCGCAGCCCCGGCACAGCGCCCGCCUGCCCCGGGGGAGCCGCUGCUGCUGCCGCGGCGGGCGGGGGCGGCGCCCGUGUCCCCCCAGCGGCGAUGCGGUGGGGGCGGCCGUGAGCGCGGGGCCGGGGGGAGCGGGGACCCCCCCCACACCCCCGCGGGGUGCCGGGCCCCGCCGGCCGGGCGGGCGGACGGAGCGGCGCAGCGGCGGGGAGCGGGCAGGCGCGGGGGGAGUGGUUACCGGCUCCGCCGCGACACCCCCAGCCCCCCCGCCCCGGUAAGCCGCCCCUCGCCAAAUAAAUCAGCACCAUGACUACUCCCGGGCAUGGAACAAAGAGGAUGCGCUCCCGGGGCCCCGCGCUGCUCCUGGCGCCGCUGCUGCUGCUGUGCCGAGUGGUGGAGAGCCGAGGAGGGAUCAUGGACAGCAUACAGAGAUUUUCAAACCUGCCAACAUAUCUCCCUGCGAGCUAUCACAUCUGCAACGCUGAUAUUUUCUUCUUCCUCAAAGAAGCCAACCAGGAUAUCAUGAGGAACUCCAGUUUGCAGUCUAGGGUGGAUUCAUUCUUUAUAUACAAAGCCAAACUGCCACCUGUCCUAAAUGCCACAUACGGACCCUUUUCUGUUGAACAGGCUGUUCCCUUGGAUCUCAUGCUGACUUCUGCAUCUUUUGGUUUCACAAAUAAGUUCACUUUUAAUUGGAAAUUAAAAUCUCACAUAAUCGACAGCUCAAUCUAUUCCAACAAACCUAAAAUACAAACCUUAUUCUAUAUUGCGGGGAAGGACUGGGAUGACUAUAAUGCUGCAGAGAGUUUGCCUUGUGUGAAGAUGUUUGCUUUCCUGGAGUCCAGAGAAGUUGUGGCCAGCUGUAGAUUGACAGGUCAUCUAGGAUUAUGUGUUGCAGAGCUGGAAUUGUCUCCUAGCUGGUUCAGCUCCCCUUCACCCCUGGUUUCAGAGGAAACAGCCUCCCUGGAAGGCAUUACUGUGGAGCUCUUCUAUAAGAUUUAUACAGCAGAUGGGGAAUGUUCUCCAGAGGAUGCAAAAUGGGAAAACAAUAUCCAUGCAAGUCAAGAUAAUGAACACAAGGCUUUAUCAGCUAUGGAGAGGAUUGGUAGCAUCAUUGUUUACCCAAAUCAAGACAAAUUAAAACAGUCUUCACUGAGGCUAGAUGAAAAUGUCGUUAUUCGCUUGCCACUCAACCCCGUCAGAGAAGGUGACGUUGUGACCUUUCAUGUUUCCCUGGCUGAUGACUCUCUAGCAGACCAGUUUGUAUUAAGAAUUAGGACAGCCCCAGGUGUGAAGAUCAUGGACAUCAGAGUCAGUGAUGCAGACCAGUGGGGGGUUCAAGAAGAGACGGACAGUGCGAGGACCACUGCCACAAUCACAUGUGUGCACAACGACCCAAACGCAGAGAACAGAGCAAAUAUGUCCUCCUACGAGAUCCUGCAGAUGGACUUUGAGGUCGACAACACUAGCAGCCUAGCAGGGGCCCAGCAGAUUACCUGGCAGGUGGAAUACCCUCGAGAUGACUCUGUGAGCGAACUUGUGGUCUCCGAGAUCUUUGUCAGCCGAACAAUGUUUGUGGGAAUUGUUCCUCUUGCGAUGGACACGGAAGUCCUUAACACGGCCAUUCUGACGGGCAAAAUGGUGUCUGUUCCAGUCAAGGUUGUUGCUGUGCAGGAGGAUGGGUCCGUGGUCGAUGUUUCAGACUCCACAGAGUGCAAAUCAGCUGAUGAAGAUGUCAUAAAGGUUUCUGACAGAUGUGACUCCAUCUUCGUUAAUGGCAAGGAAAUGAAAAGCAAAGUGGAUACUAUUGUUAACUUCACUUAUCAGCAUUUUACCACCCAAUUAGAAGUGACUGUCUGGGUUCCAAGGCUCCCACUGCAGAUAGAGAUCUCUGAUACAGAGCUUAGCCAGAUCAAAGGCUGGAGGAUACCCGUCACCUCCAAUAAAAGGCCUACCCGUGACAGCGAGGAUGAAGAGGAUGAUGAGAAAAAAGGAAGAGGUUGUACCCUCCAGUAUCAGCAUGCCAUGGUGCGAGUCCUCACACAGUUUGUAGCUGAAUCCUCUGAGUUUGGAGGCCACUUGACAUAUAUGUUAGGCUCUGAGUGGCAGUUUGACAUCACUGACCUUGUGACUGAUUUCAUGAAGGUAGAAGAACCCAAGAUUGCUAAGCUUCAAGAUGGCCGAGUUCUGGUUGGUCGUGAGCAUGGCAUCACCACGGUCCAGGUCCUGUCACCUCUUUCCGAUUCCAUCCUGGCAGAGAAGACAGUGAUAGUUCUAGAUGAUCGUGUAACCAUUACGGACCUAGGAGUGCAACUAGUUUCAGGCCUGUCCCUCUCCUUACAAAUCAGCAAAGGAAAUAAGAGAGCUAUCGUUUCUACCACCUCUGCAUAUGAUAUCCUUCAUACUCCGAAACAGGAAGCCAUAGUCAGUGCUUGGAUUUUGUUCAGCGAUGGGUCAGUGACGCCGUUAGAUAUCUAUGACUCCAAGGACUUCUCCAUCACCAUCACCUCACUGGAUGAGAUGGUAGUGUCUACACACCAAAACCUUCAGUCCAAAUGGCCUGGGAUAGUGGCAGAAGGGGACGGUCAGGGACCUCUGAUUAAAAUCGAAAUGGUCAUCAGUGAGCCAUGCCAGAAGACGAAGCGGAAGAGCAUUCUGGCUGUUGGGAAAGGAAGUGUCAAAGUGAAGUUUGGUCAAAAAGAUUCUGACCAAAAAGGAAGCACUAAUGACAUUGAUGAUGUGGAUAGAGAUUUUAAAAGCCAUGCAAGCAAUUCUAUAGAGAAACCUGCAGAACAAGAGAGGACAGCACAAGAAUGGUCCAAAAACCACGAGGACAUGUCCAGUCAUGAGGACAAUGCAAACAAAAGCACAACUUUCAUAUCUCCUGUUGAUCAGGAGUCCCUGGAGGAGGGCCAGCUCCAAAAUAACCCAACUGCCUUCACAGGUUUCCCUACGCAAGUAGAAAUACCAGGAGAAAACAAUCCCAGUGAUUUCACGUUGACUUCAAGAGGAUUAACAGAUCUGGAGAUUGGCAUGUAUGCCCUGCUGUGUGUUUUCUGCUUAGCAAUCAUGGUCUUUUUGAUUAACUGUGUGGCAUUUGCUUGGAAGUACAGGCAUAAAAGGUUUGCCGUGAGUGAGCAAGGCAACAUCCCCCAUUCCCAUGACUGGGUCUGGCUUGGAAAUGAGGUCGAACUGCUGGAAAACACAGUUGACAUUUCGCUUCCGUCAGAGGAGUGCACUACCAUGAUUGACAGAGGAAUGCAGUUUGAAGAAAGCAACUUUCUCCUUAAUGGGAGUUCUCAGAAGACUCUUCAUAAUCAUAUCCUCAGAUCUUCUGAGUACCUUUGUGAAAAAGAAGUUAAAAGUGAACCUAUAAAUCCUUCUGGGCCAAAGCAGAAGCGAGUAAAGUUCACUUCGUAUACAACAAUACUGCCGGAGGAUGGAGGCCCCUACACCAAUUCAAUUCUAUUUGACAGUGAUGAUAAUAUUAAAUGGGUAUGCCAAGAUAUGAAUCUUGGUGAUUCCAAGGAACUUAGGGACUAUAUGGAAAGACUGCAAGACAAUAUGUAAAACUACUUUCUUAUGUUUGUAAUCACCUUUAUGCCUUCUGUUUAUGGAUGGUGGAGCAGUCAGUCCAGUCAGCAAUAGGAACAAGACAGUCCAACCCUGGAGGUACUGAGAUGAUAACCUGGUAUCACUGAGCAGGUACAAGAGGCUGGCUGAGGUAAAUCUGUUUCACCACAAACCAGGAUGUGCCCCUAAACAGCUACCUGUAGGUGUUGAAGGUGUCACACAUGAUGGCUGUUUUUGUAUACUGCCUGGUACUAGCAAAAUGCUAAUACAACUACGCUCAGACUCAGAGGAGACUUCAUUUGUUUGCCAUCUCUCAUGAUAAAUGGUAAAUCAAAAAAGAAAGGGAUAUUUGUUUGCAUUGAUUUUUCUAGUCGUCGUCCUAUGUAAAGCACAGUGGACAUUUCUUGCUUACAGCCUGAAACAAGGCUUACAUUAAAAGGGAUCUGAAUGAAUCUAAUUUUAUUGCCUAUGUGCAAUGCAGCCAAGUAGUCUUAUUAUUUUUUACAGAUAUAAAAUCCCCCAUGUGGUUAAUUUCUUUUCCUGUUGUUUAUGAAUUUUAUUUGACUUAGGGAACAUUAAAUAUUUUCUUUGAAGGCUUUUUUUUUUUUCAGUUGUACCAAAGUGUAGUAUGGUAAUAUUUAAAAUGAUUUAAGUUUUCUAUUCAUCUGCAUCAGCCCUAGAGAUACCUCCUUCCUCACUGAUUAUUGUUCUCCUUUCCAUAUGGGUAUAUGGGUCGUUCGUAUUUGAAACAUAGAAAGAUAUUAGAACUCUUACCGGGAAAGGGUUGUAUCUUCUUACAGGGAACUGUAAAUAUAAUAAUAAACCCUGGAAAACAAAAAUCAAGGAGUAGCCCUGGGUUUACUUUUGUCAUUGCUAAUAUGAAAAAGUAACCUGCAACAAAACAGCGCAUACUUCAAAGGAAGAUGCUUUGCUGAAACAGCAGCUCGGUUGACAAUACACAUUAUUAUUAGAAUGAGAAAGUCAAAUGUGGUAUUGAAAUGCAUAGAAUUCAAAGGAAAUUGCAUAGCAAAUAAGCAAAAACUUGGAGUCACCACUAAUUAAUACAUUGAUGGUAGAGUUUAGAAGGACAAAGAGGUCCACGCUCAGCAGCUAGUGCCCCAGACCCUGCCUGCAACAUCUCUGACCAUAAGGCCAUUAAAGAAAAGGCUUUACACCAUGUUCCAUUACAAAAAGAAGAAGGAAAGGAAGGACACGCUGGGCACAUUAUAAAGUGACUAGUCCCAAUUUUAACAUGGAAAACACGCUGGAGAUUCAAAGCUACCAUUUCAUAUGCACUACGUGUAUUUUGUUACUGAAGGGUGACUGAAAGAAGUUGAAAAUUACAGUUCAAAAAAACUGAAUCUACAUAAUACUUAACAAAACCAAUAAAUCACAUGUUCUUGUGACAGAUCCUGUGCAGUAAACACAAGAUCCAAAUUACACCUGCCUUACGUAUUGUAGUUCCCAUCUUUUAGGUAGAUCAAGAUAGGAUUUGAAUUUGAUCAUUCAGUUCUGUUAUUAGAACAGACCAGACAACCUUAACUAUGGGAAGCUCUGCAUUUGGAUUCUAAACCAAUACUGGGAAUGUGAUUAAUAUAACUACUGCAAAAUAAGGGAUUUUUAAUGGUGAGACUAGAAAGUGAGGACACCAGGCUUAUAUAAGUGAUUAGAGACUUACGUUUGCUGGCACCAAAUCACGUAGUGAGGGGAUGGCAUCUGUUAAAAUCUAAUUUUAAGUAGAAAAAAUAAUAGAGCACAGAGACGCUUCUAGUUCAUAAGGGAUGCAGCCCUUGUGCAUCAAAUGAAAUCUUGGCUUAUUUAACAAAUGUUCUCUCCUCUUUAAAUGAUCCACACCUUAUAAGGAAAUAUUAAUUCCUACUAUGAUCCUUAUUACUAACAACAUAAAAAUCCCCUUUUAGAAUUUAACGUCUCUUCCCAACAUGUUAUUUUGUAUUCGGCCCAACAAUAAUGCAGAAGUGUUCUUUGCACAAUACUAAAUGAGUAUAAAUCAACCACAAAUAAAUGUAGUCUUGAAAUCAGAGGAGACAUGCUGAUGGUCGCUGCGGACCACAAGCAGCACAGCUGUCUCCAUGAGUGGAUAUCCACCAGUUCACCAGUGAAGCUGAGAUCUCACAGCAGCGUACUGGACUCCACGACCUGUUUCUUCACUGUGGCCCCAGUUCAGCUAAGCACAGCAGCAUAUGCUGAACUCCAUCCCCACUCAGUGCCACAGAAGCACACUGAGUGCCAGGGGACGUACAGGUGUGCUCAGCUCCUCUCCUGACUCAUUAGUGGGUAAUGGAAGCCAACAGCUUUAUUUAUUUCUUCAGGAAAUUUACAUUCAAGGGCUAUGGCUUGGAAGACUGAAGAUCACUAAGUCAGGGUGCUCUCUACUGUUGCAUUGGGUGUCCUUGGACUUGCACCUGGGGCCUAAUCCCCUCUCUUCAGAGUACCUACAAGUGGCUGUCUGUUCAGGCAGUGUGCUAGUGUGUGGAGGAAGGAGAGUCCUACAUGCAGUGAGGUCACUGCUAGAAGCCUCCAAAGGAGCCCUCAGGCCUCUUCAGCGUUUACUUGACACGUGGUUUGCAAACCCCUGUGCUUUCAGGUGUUGCUGAAGAGAGUUAUAAACGCAGGGUUCCAGGACUUUUAGUGCUGGACCAGAAAUACUUCCAUUCUGGUGUUUAACUGAGCAUGUACCUAAAAUACACUGCGGAGCGGGAUGCAACUUGUAAGUAGGGUCUGUGUUCUAGUUACCAUAGGGUGGUAAAGUCCUAGCUCGGUAUAGCAUCCGUCAACGUGGUCAUGAAGUUCUUCAGUGGCUGAGUGUGGGGCUGCUUCAGAGUCGUGACUUUUGCAGUCAUAGACAUCAUACUAUCCUGAAGUUAAAUUAUGUAUCGCUAUCUCAAAGUUAAAUUACAACUACAUCUUGUUAGAAAGGAGUACAGCCACUACUGGUGAUCAGUGCAACAAUGGAAUUGGAUACAGCUUCUCAGAAAAGAAAUCUACAAUUGCAGAUUCAUAUGACCUUUUGUUUUUUUUCUAUCACAUGCUGUUACAUCCAAGUUCUUACAUGGAAAAAUGGCAAUACAAAAACCAAAAGAAAGUGGAAAGAAAGAAUUCUAUUCUCAGUAAAACUGGGAUAACACCAAUAAAGUGGAAUUAUUGUGGCUUUAUGCUGGUUUAAGAGCUUAUGCUACAUCUCAUAAAAUCAAAAGGAAAAUAAUUUACAUGAAUAUAUGUGAUGCAAAAUAUAGUUGUGAGUUGAUCUGUCCUUUUAAAAUGAAAUUUCUCAAAUUUUAGUUUCAAAAUGAUAACUUACUUUAAAUGUAAGUAAAUUUAGCUUAAAGUUAUUUUAAUAAAACACAAUUAUCUGAUUCACCUAAAUUUUUUCCAAUUAGUCUUUUAAACUGAAGUCUUGUAUUCGUGGAAUACGUGACAUUCCACUUUGCUGUUAAAUGAGCAGCAUUGAUACAUGGAUAGAAGAGUCUCAGCUUUUGAGAAUACAAAGCAAAAGUAGCCAAAUGGUCAACAGGCACAAUAUGCAUGUAUGCAGGAAAUGAGAAUUGUCUGAAAAAGAAAACAGAAAGUACACUGGCAGAUUAAUUAGAAUUACACUUCAGUAGGUGCCCAGGAAAGCAACGCCUGUAAUUUAAUACUGAACCAACAGCACAUCUUAUGGCAUGUCUAGAGAAGACAUUGUGAGCGAUUUCUUUGCCUGCUAGCAAGGCAAGACAGUGUGUAGCACCAAUACAUACAGCAGGAGACACCCAGGAAAAAUUCUGUAAGCAAAGAGUGGAUGAAUGGGACAUGGGGAAUUCGUGAACUUUAGAAAUAAAGCUGAUGCCAGACCCUCAGCUCCUGUUACCACAGCUGAGUGACUUAACAGCAGCUGAACACUGGCGUACAGAGAACGGAGAAUCAAGAGCUGGGAGCUUGCACUGGCGCAGAACUUCACUCGUUUGGCCACCACAUGCAGCCCAGCUCCGCGGGGCUUGUCUGUGCCGCCUUUCUCAUUGAAGUAAGAACUUGGGAAACCAGUGCCCUGCUCUCCUCUUGAUGUAGAACCACAUCGAUUAACAUUUUGAGCUGCUGUUUCUUAAUUCAUAUUGGGGAAUGUACAAGAAAAUCUUACGGCCAUACAACACAGUGCAAACAGUCCAUUAUGUGAUGGACCCCCCAGUAUUUCAAGGUAGAGCACCCUAUGAAUGAAAUACCGAUUUUUCAUAGUGGAUAUUCUCUUUUCUGAAAUAUAAAUCAUGUGCACUACAUUGAAAUACACUAUAGUGUAUUGUGAAAUGCAUACAUUAAUUGCUGAAUCUAUAACACUGAAUAUGUAUAUACAUCACCCCCAAGAUAUUUAUACAAUAUAAGUCUUAGAUGUAUAACAUACUGAAUUCUGUACAAAAUAAACUGUAAGUUAAGACAAUGAAAGAGAACUUUCAUAUCUGUGUAAUUUGUAUGCUGAUUGUUAUUCAAGCCUCAGUUUUCAUCUUUAAAUGUGCCAUUUAAAAAGAAUACUUAUUUUCUAUAGGCAGAUAUCUGAAAUAAAGACUUCACUCUUCAGAAAAGAAGCAACUGAAAGACUGUGAAAGAAACAGAUUCUACUGGAGAAAUAAACAUAAUGUUCAUGUAUUAUUAUUUUUUUUUUUUUAAAACUGACUAAACUAUUUUGCAUUUAUACUGGUCAGGGUGAUCUGCUGGUUGGGUUGAGGGUGAUGUGCCCCAGCAGUGUGAACGGUAAAUCAGCCGAAUCACCAGCAUAUGGAUUGAUCACAUGCCUCCUUGCUCAAAGCAGCACAAAUGGCAGGAUUAUCUAGUCCAAGGGUUUCGCCCAAGUUCCCUGCAAGCAGUGCUCCAGCCCUCUCCCUGCAGUGAGCGAUCCCUUCCCAGCACCACAUGUGAUGAGCAGACGAACACACUGAAUGACCCCCGUCUGGCAGGGAGCAGUAGGGAGGCAUGCUUGGAUUUUAAGGAAAAGGGAACAAACUUACCCUGUCCCUUUAGCUCUCCGGUGUGAAUCAUCACAGGUCAGAUGUCUGAUUCGGUGUUCUGAAUUUCCUUCCGUUCCCGUUAGAAUAAGACAGUCUCAAAGUUUUAAGUGACUGCUGACCUCAUCGCAAGAGCUACUGGCAAGUAGCUUGCUAAUGCCAGGACAGGAAAUUGAGCCUCAGUCUUUAGCUUUUGCUCAAGGCCUUGGAAAUGGAGGCAGAGCCAGAAACACCGACUCUCCUGACACCUCCCAUGGUAAUCGGGCCUUCCAUGGACAUGGCAGUACUGGACAACCAGCACUUAGGAGGCACCUCCAUCAUCCUGCUGCUGGUUUCAGCUGGACCACGUUUGAGAUCUGACUGUACAAAUUCACUGCAAAGGUAUGGGCUGCCUUUGUACUAAUGGGAGCAGUUUAACACCACCUGAAUGGUUUAAUGGUCACUAUUGUAAUUUCUAAUGUAUUGAAAUGUGUUUUUAUAUAAAGUCAGUUGGAGAAAUGGAUUGAAAACUGUGAUUUAGGAAGUGCCUCAGAGAACCUAAACUCCAGUGUGCUUUGGGCACAAAUUCCAGUCAGUCACCCUAAGUUUUCUCAACAGUAAAAUUAGAAACAUUUUUCAUAAACGACACUUCUUUUGUUCUAGCAGUUAUAUUUGUCCCUAUU